GAAGGACAAGUACGAGAAGAAGCUGAAGUGGUUCUGGGCCGAUGUAGGGUAUGAAGGAACACUGACUGAGACCGACAGAGAGAAGUUGACAAGAGAGACAGACAUCGCCUCCGGUUCCAAGGUUGCCAAGGUACCGCUUGGCUUGAGUAGAACCCAGCCGCUUCGGCCGGACGCCCCAGCAGCCUCAGGGUCGGAGGAUGAUGAUGAGGAUGACACCGACGAUGAAACCAGUGAAGGUGAAUCUGAGUCAGAUGGAGCAGGAUCUAAGCCUGCUAAGCCGACCAAAGGAAAGGACAAGAAAAAACGCAAAAGGGAGGACGACAAAGACGAUGACGAAGCUGAGGAGGCCGACAUGGAAGCCGUGCCUGGGCUUCUGGAAGAGAUACUGCUGAUCCAGAGCAGGGUCACCAAGCUCCUCAAGCGAUGUGACACUUUGGGUGUCAGCAAGCAAGCCUCGAAGCUGAAGCAGCACAAUGCUGACUUGUCCGAGAAGCAUGACGAGCUGGCCGACUUCAAAGCCGCCCACGAUUCGGAUGAGAAGGUGUCGGAGCUGAUCAGCAAUAUCAACAAACUGCUGCCCGGCAUGACAAGCCGCAUGACAAUGGAGGAGAACAAGAUCAAGAAGUGUACUCUAUCCCAGCGAUCCAUCGAAAGCCUUGGAUCCAAGUCGUCUGCCUCGGCCCCUGUGUCUCAUGAGCUGGCUACAGAGCUGGCACAAGCCGUUGUAAUGGAGGUUGAUGGGGCAUUUGGGGACGAUGCUGUUGAUAUGUUGCAAUCAGCACCACUUCUACAGGAGAUGAGUCGAGGGUACAGUACCGGCCACGCAGCGAGUGUUACCAGAAAAGCUUUGCAGAACAUGCCAGAAGUCCAAGCCCCUUUGCCAGUUACUUUGGUAGAUGUUGGACUGGAACAAGGUCACCCUUGCAUCCUAUAUUCCGACUACUUUCGUACAUUGGCUGACAGGGGAAAAUUGGAAAUCUUGACAACAGGUGCAGACCUUCAAUCUUUCUGGGACAAGAUGCAGCCACUGAAACCAGACCAUCCAGUGUACAAGCUGCCUGCCGCAGAGAGGGCUUUUGUAAUCCCCAUAUACUUGAUCGGUGACGAGGGCCGGGGAUUCAAGCACUCAGCCGUGUUUGUGCUCGGCUCAGAACCUGUGCUUGGCAAUGGCUGUGAAGCAGAAGAUGAACAUACUGCACACGAAAAGCUACGAAUGAAUUUCCGAGGGAACACCAUUCUUACAAGGCAGCUCUUUGCCGUCAUGCCGAAAAAAACGUAUCAGAAGGAUUCCACUCCGCUUCGCAGGUUGGUGAAUGCUUGGGCCGAGGAUUUGGGCAAAUGCUUUACCAAUGGCCUCGAGGUUCGCUCUGGAGAGUCAGCCCAGACAUGGCGGAUCGCGACCAUUGGUUUGAAGGCCGACUGGCCCGCAUUAAGUAAAUUGGGAUGCUUGACCAGACAUUAUCUUCGUGAAGCCUACCCCUCUGGGCAUGGUCUGUGCCAUCUUUGUAUGGCUAACACAAAGCAAUGUCCCUCGUGGCACGAGCAUGACUUCGACAAUGCAUCAUGGGUCGCAGGCUUGGCUACAGCUGUUGCACCGUGGAAGCCCUCCUUCUACAUGAUAGAUCUCUUUCAUACCUUCCACAAGGGUAUCGGUGCAGAUCUCGCCGGGUCAGGGCUGGAGCUUUUCCUGCAUGAUAACAUCAUACUAUGGCUUUCAAGCUAA